AGAUAGUCCAAUGGGAGCUGUUCUGUAAAUUGAUUGGUUCAUUCUACAACUAGGCAGGGACAGGUCAAGGCUACAGAUAAAUGAACCAAUGAAAUAUUAAACAAGCAUUCAUUGCUGUUUUAUUGGCCAUUGGAUGUUGUUAAUCUGAAGUUAACGGCGGAUAGGAUACUGCGCCAUAUCUCAUUGAGAUUAGGCUUACGCGAGUUUAAGUUAUACGGUUCCUGUUUCCGACUAGUUCUUACUAACUUCACAAUUGUGUGGGAAACCUUAGAACUAUAAUAGCUUAGUCAAAUUUGACUUUGCAUUAAUUUUUAUAUGGACUGUCUACGUACUUGUUGCUUAACAGGACCUAAUUAAUAUUUGGAUUACCUAUGCAAUGGCGCACACAGCUCUGCAGAACCUAAAUAACCCUUAUGCAAGUGGAAGGCUCGUAAGACGAAGCUCACAAGACCUUGGUUUGCGUAAGUGUUUAGUUUAUAACUCCAUGUUUAUUGAUAUCUUGUUUAAUGUACGGUAUCUGAAUACAAGACUAAGGUUUUUUGGACUAAAACUGUGUUCACAACUAAACAUGAAGGGGAAAUUUUAUUUUAUUUCACCUGGUUUAAGCAAUGCUGUAAUACUAUUAGCUACAUGUGAAUACUGAAUCCCAGUAAAAUAAUUCGAACUGAGUUGAAUUCGAUUGGAUCUUAAAUGCUUUCUUCGCCCCACAUCAACUUGUAUGUUACAAAAGUCUAAAAAAUGUAUGUCACUAAAGCACUUUCAAAUUUUUUUAUUGUACAUGGAGAAUAUACUGAAGCUCGAUGUCUUAACGUUCAGUUUGCUAGAUUGGGGUCUGUUGUCAGUUGCUGGUCAUUUGUGUAUGUGGUGAUCUUCCGAAAGUGAAUGAGCACUGCCUGUCAUAAAUUUGCCCAAAUAUAUUGCAUACGUUUAAGUUAAUUUCGAAUUUCAGUCAGUAGACUGUUUUCAUUCUUAUCAACUAAGUAGAUUCUUUUGACCGAUGUACAGCGCUUUUUUCGUAGCGAACGUUGGUUUAUAGAUUCCCACAAAUUAUAUUUUUAUUUGUAUUCUUGUUAUUGACAUAACGUAAGGCGUAUUCCUAUUCUUAAUCACUCUUUAAAAAUACGAUAGUGAUUCCACGUGAAGAAACGUCGUUGGUACCUAACUGUUUGGUUGCAUUACUUUAGUCAAACCUCGUAAAUCAAAUUAAGUUGUGGGUGGUUUGUUCCGUUGCUAAUAAUCGCAAUUCAAGUUAGUCUUGUAAAGGUUUGUUGGUAUUGUUAGUAAUAACUUUCGAUCCCUGGUUUCUUAUUAUGUACAGAAGUUGAGGUUUACGAAGGUUAUUACGAAUUUCUCCGACGUUAUACACUUGGUGAACGUUUUGGAUCGGGCGGAUUUGGUCAUGUUCAUCAUGCUAGGCGUACAUCUGACAAUAAAGAAGUUGUAGUAAAAGAAGUUCGAUCAGAUAAAGUUCCAUGUUGGUGUUUGUUGGACAAUCAAUUAAUGCCAAUUGAAGUUGUACUUCUUGUUAUGUGUCAAGGUUUACCUGGAAUAGUUAAUUUAUUAGAUGCCUUUAAUUUCGGUCAAUCUUGGGCAAUUGUUAUGGAUCAAGUCUCUAGUACAACUUGUGAUAUGUUUGAUUACAUUGGUGAACGUGGAAUGUUGUCAGAAAGUGAAGCUGCUUUUUAUUUUCACCAAUUAACUGGUAUAUUAUUAUCAUGUCAUAAAGUUGGUGUAUUACACCGAGAUAUUAAAGAUGAAAAUAUUCUGAUUAAUCGUACAACAAAUGAAUUGGUACUUAUUGAUUUCGGUUCUGGCGCGUUCUUGGAAUCACGUUUGUAUACAGAUUUUGAUGGCACCCGUGUUUAUAGUCCUCCUGAAUGGAUUUUAAAUAAUAGAUAUCAUGGCAAACAAGCUGAAGUAUGGUCUUUAGGUGUACUACUCUAUGAUAUGUUAUGUGGUGAUAUCCCUUUUGUCAAUGAUAAAAGUAUUAUCGGAGGGAAAUUGCGAUAUCGUCGAGACAAUAUAAGUGAAGCAGCAAAACAUCUUAUUGCGAGUUGUUUAAACAUGGAUCCAUCUAAACGUCCAUCUUUAUUAGAAAUCCUUCAACAUCCAUGGAUGCAAGCCCAUCGACCUCAAACUGGUGCUAAAAUUCCACUAGCUAUCCAAAUAGCUUUGGAUGUCUUAGAGAAGGAAUCAAACUCGGACGCUACUCCAAAUAUUUCAAAUUUAUCUGAUUUACAACAUUCUGUAGAAGUGCAAAGUUCAAGUCUAUCAAAUCAAACAAUAUCUGGUUUUCCACAUUCUUGUUCCUUUACAAAUCCUUCCAUAGGUAUUGAUGAAAAGCAUAAAAAUAAACAAACUAAUAGUAUUGACCAUUCACAAACAAUUUUAGAUUCAAAUUCUUGUUCUUCCGGUAUGGAUAGUCGCUCAAGCCUUCAUUUUCAUAUCCCUUCAGGUACCACUGAAUUAGUAGGAUCAAGUAUUGGUUAUGCUUUCCAUGACUUUCUUAGAGAUGAGGUUUCGAUUGGUGAACUUUCUCAAUCUCCUGUAUCUGGUAUAUCUCCUCAAAUCGAAACAGCAUGGUCUAUUCCAAAUAGAAAAAUUAAUGAACGAGUGAAUUUAAACAUUCAGACAUUUCCUCCGGAUAGUAGAUUAUCAUGUCAACAAACAUCAUGCCCUGAAAUCAUACCGCGUCUUCAUUCCAAUGAGUCUGAUUCUAGCUCUGGCUAUUAUUCACGCUCUGAUUCUUUAUCAUCGAACGACGGGAAACAGCUCAUUUCAGCUGUAAAUGUUAGUAACUUACGUACUUGUUCAACUACAAGUCAUAUAGCAUCCGUCAUGUCCGUUACUAAACCUGUUACAACAGCUGUUAAUGAUAAAUCUCCUUGUUCAACUGCAGUAUCCUCUUCAUAUUCCCGACUUCAAAAUAUGGAUCUUCCUGUUCAUUUGCAUUAUUGGCGUUCAGGCAGUUCCAGUAAAACAUCUUCUGAUUCAUCGUCAUCUUAUUCAUCUACAAAAUCUAAUUGUCUUGAUAAACAGUUCCGGCAAAUUAGUGAAAAUACACCAACCAUUCCCUACUCAUCUUCAUAUCUUAAUCCUUCUUGGUCCGUAAUUUUAAAUUCAUCUAAGCCUACAUCCCAAAUCUAUUCGUCUAAUACAACUCAUUCCAGUGUACCAUGUUCAGGUGUGACUGCAUAUUCCUCAACUACAAAUGCUGUAACCAGCUCAAAUACAGAUAUGGUAGAUACAUUAAGUAGUCUAUUAUCAUCUUCAACUUCAAAAUUAAAUUCUUCUCUAUCAAAUCACGAUUGGUUUUCAAGUGGUAAUAAUGUUGAUAUGGAUCACGUAUGAUUAAACUUUUUUUAAUGUACACAAUCAUUAUAGAAAAAUUUUUUUUUAAGAGAAAUAGUUAAAAGUUAAUACAUUUUAAUCUGUAAUGUACUCUUUCGAUAGGAAAUAAUCAAUACAUUGAUCUGAUGAUUAUUUUAAUAUCCACAAGUACAUCAAUAGAUUUAAAUGUUCCAUGCUUUAAUUAUUGUUCUCGUUUUUUUUAAAUACCAUAAUUAUGUACAUUUAUGUGUAUAAUGUACUAUGUGGUUAGUAACUUGUUAUCUUUAUAUCAUUAUAUAAUCAAAACAAUAUUUACAGAGUAAUGAUCAUGAUUAUUAUUAUUAUUAUUAUGUUAAAAUGGAAAAAUGGUAUUCGAAGUUCCCAAUCUUUAUUAUGAUUAUUAUUAUUAUUAUCAUUAUUGUUUUCAAUCAAUUUCGUGCUGUAGAAAUUUUUCCAAAACUGUGUUGUUUUCCUUUUGUUUAAUAUUAUUAUUGUUAUUAUUAUCACCCCAUUAUUAUUAUUAUUACUAAUAAUUUAGUUGUUCAAUAUUCUUUAAAAAAUGUAUUUGUUUGGUUUCUGGUUCAUGUCUUUGAGAAUUUUAAUUGCUUUGACAAGUUUCAUUAUGAUGAUUAUUUUUUUCAACUAAAAAAAACGACUAACAAAAUGUUUCUGAUUUUAUUUCUGAUACUUUUUUUUUCUUGUUCUUCUCAUCUCCUAUGCACUUCUGUGUGUGUGUGCGCGUGUGUAUGUUUUUUUAAUGGCUUUAUGUACUCAUGAAAAUUGCUCACACUACUUUAAUGGCCUUUACAAAUUUAUAUGCAUAUAUAUACAUAUAUAUAUAUGCUGUAGUUUCAAAUCAUUUUCGUUUCAACUCACUUUGCAGUGUACUCUUGAUUUCCAGUUACUUGUUUGAUAUAUUGUGAAGUGUACACCAAAAGUUCUGUACAUAUUAGAUCUGUUUUUUUUCUUGUACAUACUUUGAGUAUUUUGGUUUUUUCAUACGCGUAAUUAAGUAAGGGUUGAAAGUCAGUGUAUAAUUGUAAUGAUACAUCACUUAAUUAGUAUGGUGAAAUGCGCUAAGUUAAAAAGGAAUCAAUAUAUUGUGACCAUAAGUCGCAUUGGGCAUAAUCUACUAUCAGAUCUUUCACACCAAUCAUUUCAUUAGUACAUUAGGUUGAGUAUGGCAUAGAUUUGUUAAGUACAAGAUAAAAGAUUAUGACAAACUAUGGCUAAUUUAACUCUGAACAAAACGUAUUGUUUUAGUCACGUUCGACCUACAAAUAGGUAAAUACUUGAGUGUAACACAGAUUGGU